UUAAUUUACACACAAUCACACACAUAUACAUACAAAACUUGUCUAAAUAUGUAUAAAGUUAUAUCCAUGUAUGUAACAACACAUAGUGUAGUGAAGUCCCACCAAGAACUAUAGUAUAAUAAUACACAAUAAACUAAAGGUAGAGAGAGAGAGAGAGAGAGAGAGAGAGAGGGGUGUUGGAUGGGCGCACAAUUAUACAACAACAAAAGUUGGUACUUUUUCGUCUUGUAGUGGGUGUGAAGUUACUUAUAAAUUGAUGCGACCACCCCUUUGCUUCCCUUCCCACUUGUUCACUUUGUCUCACUUCUCCCACUUUUUUUUUUUCUUUCUUUUUUUUCCCCAACACAAAGAAACUUCACUACUUCAUUUUUCUUUCUUCCUUCCUCUGUUUCUUUUUUUUCCAGAUUUUCAAAUAGUAGCAAGAAAAAAAAAUGGUGAUUUCUGAAGCAAAACCUGCCAUUCCAGUUGCCGGUGGAUACUUGACGAGAAAAAAGCUUCUCAAGAAUCUUGAGACCAUAGGAAACGGAGCGAUGAUCAACGCGUUGCUUGACUCAAUGCGGGCUUCUUCCCCCACGCGCGGUGGGCCCUACGACGCCCAAGAUCACAACUCGUGGAUCGUUCGUCAUCCCUCGGCCUUGACCGAAUUCGAGGAGAUAACGAGUGCUUCAAAAGGGAAGCAAAUCGUAGUCUUCUUGGAUUACGACGGCACUUUAUCGCCCAUCGUAAACGAUCCUGACCGUGCAUUCAUCACAAAUGAGAUGAGAGAAGCGGUAAAAAACGUUGCGGAGAAUUUCCCGACAGCCAUUGUUAGUGGAAGGUGUCGAACUAAGGUGUACAACUUUGUUCGAUUGUCCGAACUUUACUAUGCUGGCAGUCAUGGAAUGGAUAUCAAAGGACCAUCAAAGGGCCAUAGACAAACUAAAGGAAAUCAAACUGUCAUGUGCCAGCCUGCAAGAGAAUUUCUACCCAUGAUUGAUGAGGUCUACAAAUCUUUGGUAGAGAAAGUUAGAUAUAUACCGGGGUCGAACGUGGAGCACAACAAAUUUUGCCUGUCGGUACACUAUCGUUGCGUUGAGGAAAAGAGAUGGUGCGAAUUAGCUGAUCAAGUUAAAAGGGUUGUCAAGAACUACCCGAUGCUUCGAUUGAGUCAAGGAAGGAAGGUUUUCGAGAUUCGUCCCACAAUUAAAUGGGACAAGGGAAAUGCCCUCGAAUUUUUAUUGGAAUCAUUAGGCUAUGCAGAAUCGGACGAUGUUUUUCCAGUCUAUAUAGGCGACGAUAGGACAGAUGAAGAUGCAUUCAAAGUUUUGCGCGUGAGAGAACAAGGUGUAGGAAUUCUUGUAUCGAAGGCUCCCAAAGAAACGAAUGCAACUUACUCGCUGCAAGAACCCUCCGAGGUUAUGCACUUCCUAAAACGUUUGGUGGAAUGGAACAAGACAAAGCCAUUAAUUAAUUAAUUAAUUAAUUAAUUAGUGAAGAAAUUGUAGAGUAACCUGUCCUAUUUGUUUUAUGAGGGAUGGGAGAGGUUGAUAAAUUAAUUAAUUAAUUAUUUAUCUACUUCUUUUUACUUUCUACUUGUAAUCUGAUUCCAAAGGAAUCAAUUUUGUAUUUAUAACAAUGGUGGGCACAAUUAUUGGAAUAUAAUUCUCUCUAUAUUUAGAGGUUGUGCUCUGGUAAAAAAA